GCUCAGUCUCCUCCAUCAUCAUCACGAUCAGCUCCACUGGAAGCAGCACAGGCAGAGCAGAGCAGGCGCCUGUCCGGAUGGAGGGCAGACGGCUCACUUAAUUUGAAUCAGCACCAGUGGCUCUCGGCGUGAACGACACUUGUAGGGGGGGGAUAUGUUGUUAUGUGCGUGUCUUACAGAAAAGGGGCUCAAAUGAGAGAGUUAUUCCAGCGAUGUGGUUACGAUAACGUUACACUGCAUACACAGUCAGCCUGAUUUGCUAUGGUGAUACUACAAGCUAACCACAAGCUAGCAGAGGGAUUGUUUUGGGAGAUACCUUUUUGAAGAACUCAUACGCUGACACAUGAGUUAGACACUUUUGUGCUUUUUCAUCAAGCUGGAACACAAAGGGGAAUGUCUAGCCAAGGAGUGAGGAGAAAUGGCCCAGUGAAGCUGCGGUUGACAGUCCUGUGUGCAAAGAACCUGGCAAAGAAAGACUUCUUCCGGUUGCCAGAUCCUUUUGCCAAAGUGGUGGUGGAUGGCUCAGGACAAUGCCACUCUACAGAUACUGUGAGAAAUACGCUGGACCCAAAGUGGAAUCAACAUUAUGAUUUAUACAUUGGUAAGGCAGACUCAAUCACCAUCAGUGUAUGGAACCACAAGAAGAUCCACAAAAAACAGGGUGCAGGUUUCCUGGGCUGUGUCCGCCUCCUGUCCAACGCCAUCAACAGAAUCAAGGACACUGGCUAUCAGAGACUGGAUCUGAAUAAGCUGGGCCCCAAUGACAAUGAUACUGUGAGAGGACAAAUAGUCGUAAGUCUUCAGUCCAGAGAUCGCAUUGGGACAGGAGGGCCGGUGGUGGAUUGCAGUCGCCUGUUUGACAAUGACUUACCAGAUGGCUGGGAGGAGAGGAGGACAGCUUCUGGAAGGAUACAGUACCUGAACCACAUCACACGUACCACGCAAUGGGAGAGACCUACCAGGCCAGCGUCAGAGUACUCUAGCCCAUCAGGGCGUCCGCUGAGCUGCGUGGUGGACGAGAACACGCCAGUGAUGACACCUGUCAACGGGGCUGAAGCCAGCGGCCCGCCGGGCGAACAGCGAGUCCAGGAGAGGCGGGUUCGAUCGCAGCGGCAUCGUAACUACAUGAGUCGAACACACCUCCAUACACCACCUGAUCUGCCUGAGGGUUAUGAGCAAAGAACCACUCAGCAGGGUCAGGUCUACUUCCUCCACACACAGACUGGAGUCAGCACCUGGCAUGACCCCCGGGUGCCCAGGGACCUAAGCAAUGUGAACUGUGAGGAGCUGGGCCCACUGCCACCAGGCUGGGAGAUCCGAAACACAGCCACCGGCCGCGUCUACUUUGUUGACCACAACAAUCGAACAACACAGUUCACAGACCCGCGACUAUCUGCUAACCUGCAUCUAGUACUCAACCCAAGUCCAAAUGGAUCCCGUGUGGCCAUGGACAGCCAAAACACUAACCUCAGUCAUCCCCCUCAGUUGAAAGACCAGGGUGGUCCUGGUGCCCCUCAGCAACCUCUGUCCCCAGCCCAGCUGCCUGAAGAGGCCGAGUGCCUGACGGUGCCCAAAUACAAGAGAGACCUGGUGCAGAAGCUGAAGAUCCUGCGGCAGGAACUCUCUCAGCAACAACCCCAGGCCGGCCACUGCCGCAUCGAGGUCUGCCGUGAGGAGAUAUUUGAGGAGUCAUACCGGCAGGUGAUGAAGAUGCGUCCAAAGGAUCUCUGGAAAAGACUGAUGAUCAAAUUCAGAGGAGAGGAGGGACUGGACUAUGGCGGGGUAGCAAGGGAAUGGUUGUACUUGCUGUCCCACGAGAUGCUGAACCCUUACUACGGCCUGUUCCAAUACUCCAGAGAUGACAUCUACACUCUACAGAUUAACCCUGACUCUGCCGUCAACCCGGAGCACCUGUCGUAUUUCCACUUUGUUGGUCGUAUAAUGGGCAUGGCGGUGUUCCACGGCCACUACAUAGACGGAGGCUUCACUCUGCCCUUCUACAAACAGCUGCUGGGCAAACCGAUCACGCUGGACGAUAUGGAGUCUGUUGACCCUGACCUCCACAACAGCCUUGUCUGGAUCCUGGACAAUGACAUCACUGGUGUCCUGGACCACACUUUCUGUGUAGAGCACAAUGCCUACGGAGAAAUCAUUCAACAUGAGCUCAAACCCAACGGCAAGAGUAUCCCCGUCUCAGAGGACACCAAGAAGGAGUAUGUCAGGUUGUAUGUGAACUGGCGUUUCCUGCAUGGCAUCGAGGCUCAGUUUCUGGCCCUGCAAAAAGGCUUCAAUGAGGUUAUUCCUCAACACCUGCUGAAAUCCUUCGAUGAGAAAGAACUGGAGUUGAUAGUGUGUGGCCUGGGAAAGAUUGACAUCUCUGACUGGAAGUCCAACACCCGUCUGAAGCACUGCACCCCCGACAGCAACAUCGUCAAGUGGUUUUGGAAAGCCGUGGAGUCGUUUGAUGAGGAGAGGAGGGCCCGGCUACUGCAGUUUGUCACUGGCUCAUCCAGAGUCCCACUGCAGGGUUUCAAGGCUUUACAGGGUGCUGCAGGACCCAGACUGUUCACCAUCCAUCAGAUUGAUGCUAACACCAACAAUCUGCCCAAAGCCCACACUUGCUUCAAUCGGAUUGACAUUCCGCCCUACGAGAGCUACGACAAGCUAUAUGACAAGCUGCUGACAGCGAUUGAGGAGACCUGUGGCUUCGCAGUGGAAUGAGAGACACAUUGGAGAGUGUGUUUGUGUGUGAACAUGUGUAACUGUGUGCAGGACUCUUGUUAGACCAUCAUUGUCACAGCAAUGUGCUGACAGGUUCACUCAGAGCCUGAUACGUGCGUCUUCGACCAGCCUGCAGUCUUCCUCUUCUCUCACCUCUCUCCACAUUCUUCCCUUAUCGAUAUCUGUUUGAACAGCUGCUAGAAAGACAUCCCCUGUCAUCUAUUUUCUAUUCAUUUAUUUGUUUGGGUGUUUUUGUUUGGGUGUUUUUGUUUGGGUGUUUUUGUUUGUGUGUGUGUGUGUGUGUGUGUGUGUGUGUGUGUGUGUGUGUGUGUGUGUGUGUGUGUGUGUGUGUGUGUGUGUGUGUGUGUGUGUGUGUGUGUGUGUGUGUGUGUGUGUGUGUGUGUGUGUGUGAAAAACACAGAGAAAAUUAAGAUAAGAGUUGCAGCAUUUCUCUUUUUUUGCAUAAAAAAAGAAAAAAAAGAAAUUGCCCGGUCAUCUCACUUAAAAUCAAAUCAAGAAGCAGUUCAUCAACUUACAGUUCAACAUCUUACAGAAGUGUUUCUGUAAAAAAAGAAGAAAGACAUUUGACAUUUGAGAACAGUGAGUCGCUGUUUUGUUUUGCAGUUUAAACUGAUUGAAUUGAACCUUGUCAUGCUACUGAAUCUUUAACACUGCAGGUAGCCAUAUCUUGUCCUUUAGUAGCCAUCCUAACCUCAACCAACACACCUUCCAAUCCUCAUGGCUGCAGAGUUGGUUUGCUUCAUCUUGUAGGAGCGCCACAAAUUCAUCCUACCUCAGUGUGUAAUGCUUUGAUAUUUGAGGGGUUUCAUUCCAAAAUGCCAUGUAUUCUCUUUUGGAAAAGUAAUUUCAAUCAAAUUUAGAAUUGAAAAUAUUUAGUUUACAGCAAUGCUUCACAGUUAGUGUAACUGUCAUACCAGCAGUCGUUUUGUAGCUGUCAAACCAGAUAACUUGUGAAUAUAUCAUUUUGAAAUGAAACUCAUACAGACUGACUUGGAUGUGGGUCCGAUGUUUUGUGGCGUUUUUGGAGUCAAGCUUUUGGUGGGUUGUUUAAAGAUUAGCGACGGACUCUGGUUAAGAAGAAACUUAUUUUAUUCCCCUGAAUCACUGCAUUGUGGCCACAGCUCUUGUAAAUGUGUGUGUCUGUAUGUUUCUGCAUGUGUAUACAAUUGUGCGCUUGUAUGCAAGGAAGGCAGACAUAUUACAGAUGAAUCCCCCACCACCUCUACUAGCACAGUCUCCUGUAUUUGAAGCUGCAGAGCUGAUUGAACCUCACUUUUUGAGCCUGGUUCGUCUUCCUUUUCUCUCUUUUACACAUUUGCCUCCGGCGGUUAACAAAGUAUGCAUGUUUUGUUUUUUUUAUUUUAUCGAAUCCAGCAUAACCCAGCACACUUCCUGUCAGAUUAUAUGUGUAAAGGGCACAUCUGUCCGAGGGACCAGGCUUGAUUUAAAAAAAAAAAAAAAAAAAAAAAAAAGCUAUUCAAAGGCAGGUGACUAUUUUCAGUCACAUCACCAGUUUAAAAAGGCAGAAGUAUUUCUUUCUCUUGUCACUUAAGAGCACUUUACAAACUGAGCAAUGAUGGCAGGAGUGCUUUCUUCACAUUAGAUUAAAAUAUAUCAUGUUUCAUUUGCUAUACGACUACAUUAGAAAUAUACUGAGUAAAAAGUAUCUAUACACCUGUAAUUUUUGAGUAUAUAUGUACAAAUACAUAGCUAUUUUGUAUAUUGUUGCUUCUUUCUGUUCAAUUUAAAUGCAAGCAUGUUGGUGUCUGUCACAGACCUCUUUGCAUUCUCAGGUGAAGUUGUCCUUUUUGUUGUUUUUUUAUGUUUUUAUUAUUUUACAUUUAUUAGGCUAGUAUGUGAGGAGCAGUAAAAUUGGUUUGAAUGGAAACUAUAUUUCAGAGGCCCUGUCUUUAAAACCCACGAUAGUGUAAAAGUUGGCAGUUUAAAGUGACCUUUUCUUUUGGUCAAUCAUUUUCACAUGUUAACACACACAUACCUUCAUAGGAGAACAUGAAUGGUCAUAUUUGCUGCUCUGGAGGUCUUUGUCACCACUGAAUACCAAACAGCACAGACGACAAUAUUAUUUCAUAUGCACGGGGCAGGGUUGGUUGGUGGGUGGGGGGGUGUACUGAAUGCUGAUUGUGGCCUCAAAUCCUCUCUGAGCUGCAAAUGUUGGAGGUUGACUGCUGCUGAACUCCUGGGUGCUACACAGUGAAAAUGUUCAACCAGAAUGAAACGUUACUAAGAAACCAGAGAGGCGAAAGUGAGAAGCCUCCAUCCAAAGAAAACCCUCUGCAUGAAUGGAUGCUCAAGAGAUAAAGCCUAUUUAUUUGCAUAAUUAUUACUCUUAGAAGACUUUGGAAAAUCAGCUAAAUGUUCUUUUUUUAUAUGUGUAUACUGCCUGCAUUUAUUUGUAACCAUGAACAGUUUGUUAGCUGGUACUCCUGGAGUUUUUUUUUUUUUUUGUGGUCAUCAGAGAAAACAAAACGGAGCACAUUGACAUUUUCAUCUUUGUACAGUUACAGAGAAUUUAUUUGAUUUUACUGUUUAAUAACUAACUCAGAGGCAGAAAUGAAAUGCAUUACAAGUUUUUUUUUGCACACAUUAUGCAUACUUGGACUCCAAGUUAUAAUCAGACACUUCCUUCUAUUUACCAAAUAGUUAAUGGACUGAUUUUUUUUUUUUUUUUUUUAAUGUAGAUAACAUAUAUAUAUACACACAUGUUCUUGAUAUGCACACAUGUAUGUUUGUCCAGUGCACACAGUCCACUUCUGCUCUUUGUUACUUUUUUGUUGGCACCAAGUUUUCUGGCUGGUUCAGUCUUCAGUGCAAAAGCGGGGGUUAAGUGCUUCCUGGCGAGGGGAAAUCUCACUUUUCCCCUCGGUUAAGCAGCCAAAUUGGUCAGACAUCCUUCACAAUUUUGUAAGUCAUUGUUAAUUGUUUCAAGCUGUGAUAUAUAUAUAAUCGAUUGAUCUGACUAAUCUAAUUGAAUACAUUGAGAGCCAAUUCUGGCCAUAAUCAUGUAGUUAAAUGAUGGUUUAAUUGGUUACAAGCCACAACAACCUGUAAUGUUCAGCAAACUCUCUCCCCACACUUUUAAGUACAAAUUUACAGGUUUACGUGCAAAUUUGUGUGUGUGAGUGUGUGUGUGUGUGUGUGUGUGUGUAAAUGAUUUUUGAUUGAAUUCAGUAUAAAACAGAAAAAAAUCUUAGGUUUUUUUUUAAAUAAAAAACACCAUGUUUUAUUUCUUUUGAUUUCCUAUCUGUUUUUAUAUUUAUUAUUACAGUAUACGUGUUCAUAGUUUUUCACAUCAGCUGCUCUGUGAGCUUGUAACUGACACCUGUACAUAAGGACAAUAAAGAAGCAAAGUAAUACACUUCUUGUACCCUUGCAGAAAGCUGAGCAAUAAAACUAUGCUGUUUGAACCUCACAGCAUUAUGUUUUAUAGAA